CGGACAUGCUCGGAAAAGUCUCGUCAACUGCCGGUGCACGGCUACGUACGGCCCGGCGACCGAAAUCUUGAUCUCGGCUGUUAUCAAACUUAUCGCCAAUCGCCCAACCAAUUUGAGCUUAAAGUGAAUGGAGACGACCAAGGAAAAAGAAAGGAAGAAAAAAAAGGGCUGCUCAACAAAUUACGUCGUCAUCCCCAAAAUUUCUUAUCCUUCGGCAUCUCUCCGUCCGAAUUUCCAGCGAAGCUCUAAUACAUACCGUACUUAGGCUGUUUUCUUACAGUGACAGUAACACCGAGUGCGCCCCCAACGUGUAGCCAAGGAUUGGAUCUACUGCAGGUGCUUGCUGCAGUCUUGCCCGUUUUUAUCCUUGUCCGUUGAACCGUCGCUGUCGCUUGUGUCACUGUCACAUCCGUCCAUUAUCGCACCAUAUCCAUACUGCAGCUGCAACCGCGCUGUGGAUGCCUCUAAUGUUUUCCUCUCGGCUCCCUUCCUUUUCUCUCCGCUCCUCCUCUUCCUCCUUCACAUCUUUAUCCUUAUCAUCUCAACGUCUUGCCUCUCGCUCCAUACUCACCAGCUUCCAAACACGCUUCUCUUCUUCCUCCUCCACACAAGACCCAAAACCCGCUCCAAAACCAGAGUGGCGCACAAUGGCCGAACAAGACAUCACAAAGUAUCUCCAGCAAAGCCACGACCGGCUCUUCCACAACAACCGCGCCUGGGCCGAGAACAAGGCCAAGGUCAACCCCGACUUCUUCAAGAACCUCGCCGCCGGCCAAGCACCCGAGUACCUCUGGAUCGGAUGCGCCGACUCUCGCAUCCCCGCCGAGCAGAUCUGCGGCCUUGAGCCGGGCGAGGCAUUUAUCCACCGCAACAUCGCCAACCUCGUGUGCAACACGGACCUCAACGCCAUGGGCGUCAUCAACUACGCCGUCAAGCACCUCGGCGUCAAGCACAUCAUCGUCUGUGGUCACUACGGCUGCGGAGGUGUCAAGGCGGCUAUGACCCCCCAGGACCUCGGCCUGCUGAACCCAUGGCUUCGCAAUAUCCGCGACGUCUACCGCCUUCACGAGAAGGAGCUCGAUGCGAUUGAGGACGAGAGCGCUCGCUACGACCGCUUGGUCGAGCUGAAUGUCGUUGAGCAGUGUCGCAACGUCAUCAAGUCUGCUGAUGUUCAGCAGUCAUGGCACGAGAACAAGUACCCUAUCGUUCACGGAUGGGUGUUUGGUUUCAAGGAUGGCCUUCUCAAGGAUCUUAAGAUUGACUUUGAGUCUGUGUUGGCCGACAUCCAAAAGAUUUACAACCUUGUUGACAAGAAGAAAUAAUGGAAGAGCAUGGCGUUGAUAGAAGAAAUUUAACUUACCUUACUGAUUCAA